AUGGUCCAUAUACCUCAGCGCAACAUGAAAAGCCAGAUGAAGAGAGACCGUGUACAAAGUGUAGACAAACAAAAGCGGAUGGAGUCGAUUCGACGCUCGUGGGAGUUGACUGUUAUGCAAGCUCUCGCCCGCAAGAAGAUUAAUGGCCAAUCCUUUCUUGUCAAUACCGACAGUGAGGGGAAUGUCACCAAUGUUCAGGUUCAGUCCUCGGCACUGUCCACCAGAAGCCAGGGCACUGGGUCGUCAAGACACGACCAGACCUCAGCUAUGGAUCAAGAUGAGGACUCCACCGACGACGAAUUGUUCAGCCAACCGAUUACCAGAGCGAGGGGCAAACGGGCUAGCCGAGCCACCAGAUGUCGUGAUCGCUCUAUCGUGCGUGGCAAUACCACACGCAAGUCAGCAUACCCAUACCCGCAGCCAACUGCGGCGUUGACUUCGGAAUCCGAUGACGAGCCUCCUAUCCCACCACGCAAGCAGCACAAGUCCUUCCAGAUCCAGGAUGAGCAAGCCGUCAAGGACUUCCUGCACAGUCGAUUGAAGGGCAUGCAGCAACUUGCUGAUAAGAAGAUCGCUAAGGCAUGGAUCAAGAGCAUCUGCCCCAAGAAGCAAGCCAACUUUCCAUACCAGAACAAAAAGACCGGGAGUGAUGGACGGGUCCGCGAGCAGCCGCCGAAAGUACCAGGAUGGUGGCCAGAUACAGAGGCCUGUCGUUUCAUCGAACCUGACCACAUCAAGAGGACUGAGCGCAUGGACUUGUGUCUCCAUCUUCUUCGUCUGCGACCUGACCCAGAACAGCUCAGGAUCUGGAAUGAAGACAAGACAGAGCCGAAUCCUAUUCACGAGUACCAAGGAUGGACUGCCUUCCUGAAGGAUUCUGCUGGGGCCGAGAUCUUCGAUGAGCUGCCGAAGGAGGACAAAGUUCGCACAGAGAAGAGGAAGUACUUGAUGGAGCAGAUGUAUGAUGUUGCUCAAUUUGAGCAAGACUUCCUCGACGGCGGGGUUGACGGGACACAGGAGUACACGUACGAAGACAACGAAGAGGAGAAGAGACUGGCCCCCGUGAAACGAGCUCGCUCUGUGUCGGCCAACUUCUGCGGCGAUAGAGCGUCCAGACAGUCGUCUGCAUCUGUUGGUUGCAUGCGUACAAAACGUGUGCGACAAGUCACGCCUUCGAAUGCGUCCAUCUUGGUGCCGAGCCAGGUGCAGACACAGAAAGUGGAGUUCGAACAGCCGGAGCUGGAAGCACCAGAGCAUAUUCAGACCCGAGAACAAUCUGUCGAGCGAUUCUUCGACUUCACGCAAGCCGAUCACGGGUACGACUCCGUGAUGGCGGACAACUUCUGCACCAGCAAGGCAGAAGGUCGAUCAAGGCGAAGCAACCCCUUCAUUGGCCAUUGCGAGGUCGUGGAUCUCAAGCGCGAGCCCAGUGUUGAGCAUAACCGGCAGUUCCAGCCACAAUCACCACAGUACCAGCAACAAUGGGCGAAGUACGAGCAGGACCCCAUGCAGUGGACUGCCCAGCCUCCAGCCGCCAGCUCUUUCAUGCCAAGCCAGGGCAACCAUUUGGCAGGUACGGAAGCUUAUCACCACCACUCACAGCCUGCAUCCACGAACUUCCCAGGUCGGCAGGACUUCGUCUUCCCGCAAUUUCCAGCACCAGGAAUGAUCCAAGUCCAGCAGAUCAACCAGAUUCCCGAGCCGCAGUUCCAAGCCCCGCCCAACACACCGAUAUACUCACCCCAAAGCAUGGCCCCCGUGCCAUUGAACAGCUAUGUCCCGUUCGACAGCCAUCUUUCCCAGGAGGCACCCUACACCACAAGCAUGGCGCCGAAUCAGUUCUUUAUGCCAGCAUUCGAGACUAGCGUUCCUGCUUUCCAUCCACCAACGACGGCAGCGCCGCAGCAGAUCCAUCAAGAGCCAGCUCCAAGCCACCCACAAUACCACCAUCAUCAGCAGCCGCAGCAAGGUUUGGCCCAGCGCCAUAUCAUCCCGACGCGUUAUCACGGUCUACCUUUCACCCAAUCCAACGGCUGGCCAGCGUCACAGUGA